AGUAUAAAUUUUGAUCAUACAUUUAUUUAUUUCUUUAAACAAACAACGUCCUUGUUGUAUAGAGUCGUUGUUGUCCCGUAUAUCGCCACAUAAAAUUUUCACUACAGGCUUUUGAUACUUUCAUAACAUAUUCUUUAAAGAUGGCCAAAAAGUCCAAGGCAAAGUUGGUUGAGAACGUUAACCACAGACUCCAGCUAGUUAUGAAAUCUGGAAAGGUCUGCUUGGGAUUUAAGUCUACUAAGGCCACCCUCAGAAACGGAAAGGCCUUGUUGGUUAUUUUGAGCAACAACUGCCCUCCUCUUCGUCGUUCUGAGAUCGAGUACUACGCUAUGCUUGCCAAGUGUGGAGUCCAUCACUAUACCGGUGAUAACAAUGACCUUGGCACAGCCUGCGGUAAAUACUUUAGAGUUGGAUGCAUGGCUAUAUUGGAUGCUGGUGAUUCCGAUAUUGUCCGCAGCGUCGAGUAAUUUGACACUUUAACUUGUAACCAAAUCU